AAGAUCAGAUGUAUUUUCUAGAAGAUUUUAUUUUAUCAUCCUUGGAAAACGAUGAUUUUCCACGCCUGCUAUAUUGGAUAAAUCGUAAUGAGGGCCUAUUUGGGAUCAAAUGGUCUCGAGCCACAGGAAGGUUCACAAAAAGCAAUUUUAAUUUGUUUACUGCAUGGGACAAAAUAAAAGGCCAUAACUGCUCAAAAAAGACAAACUAUUUAACGAAGGCAAAAGGUAGAUUCCGCAGUGCCCUUUGGAAGCAGGAACAAAUUAAGAAAUUGAAACGAGAGAAAACACUUGAAACGCUAGAAGUUCGGAUUUACAGAUUUAUUGAACUGAUGAAUGUGAAACUACCAGAUUCUUCUUCCUUUUGCAGUGGCAGUAACAAUUUCCAGAAUUAUACCCAAUUAAACCUUUCAAAGAAAAAAGAAACUCAUCAAAAUCGCAUUUCCUUGAUAUUCAUCAACAAUGAAAAAUAUAUUACGUUAAACACAAUAUUAGCCAUAUGCGUUGUAAACUCAGAAUUCACAGAUGACAGUUAUAAAGAACAAAAGUUAUUAAAUAUGAUGAACACUAGCGAAGAUUCAUCGGCUGUAAAUGGAAUUUGUGAAGAAAAAGACAAUUUCAAAGGAACAGAAUAUAGUGACAUACACAACCAGUCCCUAAAUGAAGACGAUGUCUGCAAAACGGGGCCUACUGAUACUGUUUACAUCAUACAAGAGAAGAACUGUGCAGAUUCAGUUGCUUUUCACCCUAAACAGCAUGAUGGAAACGUUAACUCAGACAUAAAAAAGCAUACUUUAUUGUAUCAUUACAAUGCUAAUGCGCCCCAAACUUCUGGAACUCGAAACAGAUCCGUACAGGACGGGGAGGUAGAUGAGCUAUAUUCACGCGAAGAUUUUUCUGAUGUAAUUCUUCUUGAAGAACCAGUGAGUUUAGAGGAACUCGAAAAAGUGCCUAUUGAGGAUAUGUUUUUCUAUCCCAAAACUGGAACAGGAUAACGAUAAUGAUUUUGGACAAUUAUUUUUUCUAAUCAAAUUUCACAUUUCAUCGUAACAACAGAACAACUUUAUUUUCAUUUUAAUCCCUUGCUUUAUUACAACCUCUGAUGAUAUUUUAUAUGACAGUCUUAUCUAUGGACUAUAAUUCUGCAGCAAAAUUUUCAGUGCAACACUGAAGCCAAUGUUAUCCUUUACGGAGGAUUGUGUGCGUAUGACGACUUCUGAAGCCCCUUUUCAACAACCUGUUACGCCUCUGUGUUCGUUGGUUAAUUUUCCGUCGAAAUUCUUUCCG